GGUCCAUAUAUGCAGGCCGUGAACAUUGCAGAUACCCAAGAAGCUAAAUUAGCUACCUGUACCUUCUUUCAGUUUCAUGUCAUAACUCCUUGUGAUUUUGUGAACCAACGCGUUUGAUCCUUCACCAAACGUUUUCAAAGCCAAUAGAAAUUGCUGCCAUCUACAUAUAUAACCCCCAUAUCCACCACAGCUUCUUCAUCAAUCCCCUAUUUUGAUCUCUUUCUCUUUCGAGCCGAGAAACCAAUGGAGGUAGCAGCAGCGGUUUCUGGCGAUAAAAAGCACUUAUCCUCGCACUCACGACAAGAGUUUGAUUCUCGUCCUCCCCGUCCUCUCUUGAAUCAAAGGAAAUCGAUGGAGUUAGGAGUUUCCAGGGGUAAAGAGCCCCUACCCUCGCGUUCACGACAAGAGUUUGACUCUCGCUCACCUCGCGCUCUCAUGGAUCAAAAGAAAGCUGUAGAGGUAAGAGCCUCCGGUGGUGGUAAACAGAAUUUACCCUCACACCCGCGACAAGAGUUCGAUUCUCGUCUUCGCCCAAAAUCAAUGGAGUUAAGAUCUUCGGACCGUAAAGAGCAUUUGCCUGCACAACCACAGAGAGAGCUCGAAUCUAGUGAGGCCAAGUCGUCGAGGCGUGUAUGGGAUUGUGGCAGCUCGCUGUACGACUCGUUCGAGCUCAACUUGUUCAAACGUGAACUCGACUCGGCCAUAUCAUGCAGAACCAUGUCAAUGCCUCACCUCUCCGAUCGCCGAGCUCCGCUGCCCCAGCAGCCGCCACCCGCGGUAGUCGCCAAGAAACCCUCAAAACUCUCUAGAUCACUUAAUAAGCUCCUCCGCUCAGUUUUCAAGCCAAAGACAAGUUCAGGUCCCGUUUUUAGAGUGCAAGAGCAGUCCAACAAAACUAAGGAUGGGUUUUACGUAGUUUACGACAAGUCCGGUGCACUUACGACCAUUCCUGAAGUAGUUCCUCAUGAAUUUAGUGGUUUCUCGCCGGAGAUUGGGUCCUUGGUGAGGAGGACAGGGUCGGAAAGGUUCACAAGUACUACUGCUUCCAUAAGUUCUAUUGGUAUUUCCUGUGCCUAAUUAGUAGGGAUUAGGUGUAAUUAUAAUUAAUAUUAAACUUUUGCAUUUAUAAAUAUGUAAUUAAAAAGGUAAUCACUAUGUCUAUAGAGUAUUAUUUGGUUUAUUUGUUCAUAUCAUCAUAUGUCAAGGAGUAAUUAGUAUAUCGAUGCCAUUAGUUAAUAUUUAUCAUUGUAAUAUUCUUAGGGUUUCCAGAACUUUGACAAUUUCAUUCGUGUACUGUGCCUUGUAUCAUAGAGUGAUCUGGUCAAUUUCUUGGUCCGGGGAUUAAGGACUGAAUAGAUAUUUAUCAGUACUUAUUU